CGUUCCACAUGCGGACACCGAACACCGCAUUCGACUCACACGAAGGCUGCGGCGGACAAAUGCAAUAGCGUAGAGCCGUAGACGACGCUGGUGAUUCCGCAAUAAUACAUACUCAAAGCAGGUUAGGAGUAAGCUACAAGACAACCGCAUGUUUAUAUAAUUCGUCCGUGUCAUUUUUUUCUCGCGCUGCGUCGUCUAUGUAGAGAUCGGGGCGUACGUUUACGACGUUGAUGAUAUGAACAAUCCGUUGCAGAUUUCUCGGGAGAGCGAGCAAAGCGCGACCGGCGAAAUCAAGCCAGAGCCGAAUUGUUAGCUUAGCAUUAGCGGCUAACUUACCCGUUAGCACCUUAGGCGCUAAUUCGGCCCUUCUAAGCAGACACCUGCUCGCUGUUUUGCCCUCUGUUUAAGUAAUCUAUACACAGCCCCACAGUUAAAGGUCGUUUUGUUAUUUUAAUUUCAAACCAAAUCGCUUUGAAGCAAGGCAGGACUGUGUCAGGUCGAGGUCGGGACCAGUAGAGGCAUACGGGUCUCCUCGAGUGGCCAUUCACCAUGGACAACGCGCACACUAAGACGGUUGAAGAAGUUUACACCUUUUUUAACGUGAACGAGAGCACCGGCCUGAGCUCGGAGCAAAUCAAGAAACAACGGGAACGAUUUGGACCUAACGAGUUGCCAGCAGAGGAGGGCAAGUCUCUUUGGGCGCUGGUGGUUGAACAGUUUGAAGAUCUGCUUGUGAGGAUCCUCUUACUGGCUGCCUGCAUAUCCUUUGUGCUGGCUUGGUUUGAAGAAGGAGAAGAAACCGUAACAGCGUUUGUGGAGCCUUUUGUGAUUCUGCUUAUUCUCAUCGCCAACGCCAUUGUUGGAGUCUGGCAGGAGCGUAAUGCAGAAAAUGCAAUUGAAGCCCUAAAAGAAUAUGAGCCAGAAAUGGGAAAGGUCUACCGCCAGGAUCGGAAGAUUGUCCAGAGGAUCAAGGCCAGGGACAUUGUGCCAGGGGACAUUGUGGAGGUUGCAGUUGGUGAUAAAGUACCCGCCGACAUCAGGCUGACCUCCAUCAAGUCAACCACGUUGAGAGUUGACCAGUCUAUUCUAACAGGAGAGUCUGUGUCUGUUAUCAAACACACUGACCCGGUGCCAGACCCCCGUGCGGUCAACCAGGACAAGAAGAACAUGCUGUUUUCCGGCACCAACAUUGCAGCCGGCAAGGCCGUCGGCGUGGUGGUGGCCACAGGCGGAAACACGGAGAUCGGUAAAAUCCGUGACGAGAUGGCCGCCACGGAGCAAGAGCGCACGCCGCUGCAGCAAAAGUUGGAUGAAUUCGGACAGCAACUUUCUAAAGUGAUUACGCUGAUCUGCAUCGCUGUGUGGCUCAUCAACAUCGGACAUUUCAGCGAUCCCGUCCAUGGAGGCUCAUGGAUCCGAGGGGCUGUCUAUUACUUCAAGAUUGCUGUGGCGCUGGCAGUGGCUGCGAUCCCUGAAGGUCUGCCUGCCGUCAUCACCACUUGUCUGGCUUUAGGAACACGGCGCAUGGCCAAGAAAAACGCCAUUGUCCGCAGUUUGCCCUCUGUGGAAACCCUCGGCUGCACUUCUGUCAUCUGCUCCGACAAGACCGGCACACUGACGACCAAUCAGAUGUCUGUGUGCAGGAUGUUUAUCAUUGACCAGGCUGACGGCAAGCAUUGUUCCUUGAAGGAAUUCACUGUUACCGGCUCUACAUAUGCCCCAGAUGGAGAAGUGUACCAGAAUGGCAAACAGGUGAAAUGUUCCAAUUAUGAUGCCCUGGUGGAGUUGGCCACUAUCUGUGCUCUCUGCAACGAUUCCUCAUUGGACUAUAACGACACUAAAGGUGUGUAUGAGAAGGUGGGCGAGGCCACCGAGACUGCUCUCACGUGCCUGGUGGAGAAGAUGAAUGUGUUCGACACCGAUUUGAAAGGCCUUUCCAAGAUCGAGAGAGCCAAUGCCUGCAACUCCGUAAUCAAGCAGCUGAUGAAAAAAGAAUUCACGUUAGAAUUUUCCAGAGACAGGAAGUCCAUGUCUGUGUAUUGCAGCCCCAACAAAGCCCGCUCAUCUGCGGUCAAGAUGUUUGUCAAGGGUGCCCCAGAGGGAGUGAUUGACAGGUGCACGCACGUCCGCGUGGGCGCCACCAAGGUGCCCAUGACCCCCAGCAUCAAGGACAAACUGAUGUCAGUCAUCAGGGAAUACGGAAGCGGCCGAGACACCCUGCGCUGUCUCGCUCUGGCCACCCGAGACAACCCCUUGAGCAAGGAGGAGCUGGUCUUGGAGGACUGCACUCGCUUUGUUGACUACGAGACUGACCUGACCUUCGUGGGCUGUGUGGGUAUGCUUGAUCCUCCCCGGGCGGAGGUGGCGGCUUCCAUUAGGCUCUGUCGUCUGGCAGGCAUCCGAGUAAUUAUGAUCACUGGAGACAACAAAGGCACGGCAGUUGCAAUUUGCAGACGCAUCGGCAUCUUUGGCGAGGAGGACGACGUCGCCAGCAUGGCUUACACGGGCCGCGAGUUUGACGAUCUGAGCCCUGUCGCGCAACGAGAAGCCGUGGUCAAGGCCCGCUGCUUUGCACGCGUGGAGCCGUCCCACAAAUCCAAGAUUAUCGAGUAUCUGCAGUCUUAUGAUGAGAUUACCGCUAUGACUGGCGAUGGAGUGAAUGACGCCCCCGCUCUCAAGAAGGCCGAGAUUGGCAUCGCCAUGGGCUCGGGAACGGCGGUCGCCAAGACUGCCUCCGAGAUGGUGCUGGCCGACGACAACUUUGCCACCAUUGUGGCCGCGGUGGAGGAAGGCCGGGCCAUUUACAACAACAUGAAGCAGUUCAUCCGAUAUCUCAUCUCGUCUAAUGUGGGAGAAGUUGUCUGCAUCUUUCUGACGGCGGCCCUCGGCUUCCCUGAGGCGCUCAUCCCAGUUCAGCUGCUUUGGGUUAACUUGGUGACUGACGGUCUGCCCGCCACCGCUUUGGGCUUCAACCCGCCAGACUUGGACAUCAUGAACAAGUCCCCCCGCAACGCUCGCGAGCCCCUCAUCUCCGGGUGGCUCUUCUUCCGCUACCUCGCCAUCGGAUGCUACGUGGGCGCCGCCACAGUGGGCGCCGCCGCCUGGUGGUUUGUCGCUGCCGAAGAUGGACCCAGGAUCACAUUUUACCAGCUGAGCCACUUCCUGCAGUGUGGACCACAAAACAUAGACUUCCAGGAUGUUGACUGUAAGGUGUUUGAGUCUCCUUACCCAAUGACCAUGGCCUUGUCUGUGCUGGUCACCAUCGAGAUGUGCAACGCUCUCAAUAGCGUCUCUGAGAACCAGUCUCUGUUGCGUAUGCCACCCUGGGAGAACGUGUGGUUGCUGGGAGCAAUUUGCCUUUCAAUGUCUCUUCACUUCCUCAUCCUCUAUGUGGAGCCUCUCCCGAUAAUCUUCCAAAUCACCCCCCUGAAUCUGACCCAGUGGCUAGUGGUGCUCAAGAUCUCCCUGCCGGUCAUUUUACUGGACGAGAUGCUGAAAUUUGCGGCCAGGAAUUACCUGGAGCCGGGUAAAGAGCUGGAGAAGGCGGCCAGCUCGGAAGGCUGCUGCCUGGCUGCAUGUAUGGAGGGCAUCUCCUGGCCCUUUGUGGCCCUCUCCCUCCCCCUGGUCCUCUGGAUCUACAGCACCGACACUAACAUGGCCGAGAUGUUCUGGUGCUGACUGACUUGAGCACAACCUCGACUUUUCCAUCACAGCCAUCACUCCCCCCCCCCCCCCCCCCCCAUGCCACACUUUGGCUCCCCCCCCCAUCCUUCAUCCCUAUCUGCCCGCCUCCACGUGCGUAGCUUGUGUGCGUGUGUCUUUGUAUAGUUAGUAUGCGCGUGUGUGUGUGUGUCUAUGAGUAGGAGCAACUGUAAAUUUGAAUUCACGUUAAAGUUACCUGAUUUGAGUUGGCAUAAGGCUUUAUGACUAUCACGUAGACGAGAUUGACAGUUGGCAUUUUUCACUUUUACUUUUAAAAUGAACCCCUAUGCCCUUUUAAGCUUUAUCCUUUUGGUUGUCUGCGAGUGUCAUCAGUCCAGUGUCACUACAGUAAUUAUUAUUUAGCGCCACUUAAGAAAAGAAAGUAGGAAGAUUGUGGAUCUGUACAGAGAUUGAACACUAUUUUAUGCAAAUUCUUUUUUUUAUGGCUUUGUAAAUUCGUUUGGACCGGCGUGGCUUAGACGUACUGCCUUGAUGUUUCUUCUUUUCUAAUGUUAACCAUUGUGUCUUCAGUGUAAACGUUUUUUUUCAGAGGACAAGCGACGCGUGGCCGACAAGAGCGGGGAGGGGGAAAGGUUUGGGUGUGAAUGUUGGGAAUGCUUCGAUUAGAUGACGGGGGGGAGGACACACAAAAAAAACGAAUUCCAGAAAAAUCUAAACUGCAUGUCCCGUGACCAAGCAUGAACCGUAUGUGGUUAGUCAUUUCUAAUUUAUGCGCCCCCCUUCUUCUCCAAAUGUAAGACUAGAAAUUAAUGUUAUGGAUACUUUUCUUUUAUGAUUUAAAAUAAGCCGUUGUUUUCUGCACUGGGAAGAUCGCAGCUACCUCAAUGUGAUACAAAUGUUUUGGUUUUUUUUCUGUUAAAUCUCUGGAUGGUUCCCCACAGUCUUGCUCAGUUGUAACAUCUGAGGUGCGCCCCUUGGGUGGCGUGUGCAGAAAAUGGAGCAGUCUCACAUUCCCUCUAACCAUUUUUUUUUUUUUUUUAAAGAUUCCUUUUUGUGUGUGUGUGUUUUUUUUAAUCCAUUUGCUUUAGAGACCAAGUAGUUCAAGAUUGUGUAUAUAACCGUUGUGAUGGCUUUUGAUUCAAAGGACAAUAUUAAAAAAAUUAAUUAUGACUCAAAUGAUUCCAAAUGAAUACCCCCCAAACUGUUUUUUUUUUUUUUUACUUAAAAGAAAAAUACACUCAUGAACCCUUUGAAUCAAAGUGUUUGUUAUUCUUUGAUAUAAAUUGAUGAUAUAAAUUGAAGCAACGUGCAAAGCAUACUUGAAUUCCACUUGUGAAUGCUUGGCUUUUAGAUAUUAGUUUGAAUCUAAAAUACAUAUUUACCAGACUUGGUGUGAACAUAUUUGAGUGGCCAUCCAGUUCACCGCAUUAACAUUGUGGAUAUUGAAAGCAUGUUAGUGAUACUAAGACGCCUGGAUGUGUUUGUGUAACAACAUUGGUGUGCUUCUCUUCCUUCAAUGCCUUCCAUUGGCUCCCCCUGUCACGAGAGUGAGUAUUUCACUUUUAUUCUCCCCCAUCAUCAAAUCUGAAAUGUAAACUUGCCCACUUUCCCGCAUUGUGAAUGUCACCUGUGUGCCACCCACUUUCAACCUUUUGUUUUUGAAUCAUCUAAUGAUGAAUUUAAUGAUCAGACAUUGUUUCUCUUUUCCUAGGUUGGCUGUCCUAAAAAUCUUGAAGGCUUUCGGAGGACAGCGCCAUCAAUCAUUCCACUCUCCAUGACAACUAUGUAUGUACACUGAACAAAAAUACUAACACAUUUGUUUUGGAGCUCAAUUUUAAUUACUAUGUUCACAAAAUGCCCGUUUCUCUUUCUCACACAAGAAGUUGGAUUAUUUUGACAGAGAAGUGCUCACUAUAGAUAUGUGGACACGAUAAGAGACAAAUAGGCCUUAUGUGGAUAUAGAAAACAUUCACGAGCUAAAACUGAUGCAAAUUAUAUUUUUGUUCAGUCGUGAUGUGUGUGCGUGUUUGUGGUUUUGGUGCACAGAGAAACCGAUUCUCAUAGGAAAGAGACCAAAUACAUGAUGUAUUUAUUAUUAUUUUACAUAAGCUUUCACCCAGCCUCCAUUUUAGUUCGCAGGAAAGUCCAACAUGUUCUUCUCUUCUAGCAUGAUGUUCCGUCCUUCCCUUUUUUCAUGGUAGUUUUGACAUGUAGUGACUCAACAUUGGGAGCAUUUGGUCUUAGCUUGCAUUUUGUGUACAAACAUCAUGCAUGCCUCGCAGCUGUAUGUAGGCUUUUACAGUUUGUAAUUAUAGAUUCUAAUGUAUAAAUACUCUUACAUUCAGACUUAAGAUUCUAAGAUGGUUCUAUAGUAGACUUUUUGAAAAUCACUGUUUUUAUUGUAAUGUUUGCACAAUUAGUAGAAACAGCUCAUCACUAUAAAUUUGGCUCUGGACUGCUUGCGUUCAUCUUAUUUACUGUAGGCCGAUCAUUUUCUGUCUAGUGAGUUAUUCGUUCUUAAGACAUCCCUGCAAUACAACAGUGCUGUUUUUUUUUUCUUUUUUCCUCAAUUGCCUCUAUAGGUCUUUAUGAUCCUGGCAACUGCUGUAAAACUGUGAUCUAAUAAGAGGUGUACUGUGCGGUCCCUACAAAGGAACCUGGGUUUCAAAAAAAGAUGUAUAUUAAUCACAUGUAAAAAUAUGACUAUCAUUAUUUAAAUUCUGAUAGUGAUUGUAGAUGCAUUACAGAGGUUGUGUUUUCAGGUAAAUAAAGAUCAUAUUUGAA